UUUUGCAACUAAGUGAUGUUACUCAAAGUAUUAUUUUGGAAUUUACAGGAAAUGAUGUCAAAAGAUAUGGCUAAAAUAAAUCGAGAUAUGCUAAUGCUAAGGGAUGAUGAGGCUCCUAAAGUUGGAGCUAGCUUGAGCCAAUCUAAACGAAGGAAGAUUUCAAUUGUUGACAUUAAACCCAACAUACCUAACCUGAAUGUGAAACCUUGUUAUGAUUCCGAUGAAGAAGAAAAAGGAGAAAUUACAAAAAUAUUUCAAAAUCUUGCAGGUUUAAAAUCUCAUGAUGGAUGUUAUGUUCAUCAUAAGCUUUUGUACGAGCUUGAGGUCGAGAUCUUUGCUCGUCUUCCAUGCUUCGAAUACUGGAAACUGCAGUUUCUUAACAAGAAACUUUUGCAGUUGUUAAAAAGUGGUGAAAUUUUCAGGGUGAGACAAGAAAAGGGACUUGUGAAACCCUACGUGAUUUUGCAUUCAGGGGCUGGAUCAAAUUGGAAAAUGUUUGAUAAGGAUUUUACAACCUUUCGGAGACUUCCUAAAGUUCCUUCUUCUGACUAUUGCUUUUUCCACAGCGAUAAGGAAACAAUAUGUGUGGGUACCCAUCUAAUUGUCAUUGGAAGAGCAAUAGAGGGAAUUGUGGUGUUUCGCUACGAGUUAGAGAAUCAUAAGUGGUUCAAAGGUCCUUCAAUGAUCACACCGAGGGUCAUGUACGGUUCUGCUAGCCAUGGAAAAACCGCAUUCUUUGCAGGAGGCAUUCAAAAGGAUGACAAUGGGAACCAUAUUGUUGUGCGAACUGUAGAAAAGUAUAAUGCUGAUGCACAAAGUUGGACUAUAAUUAAUGGAAUGCAUAAAGCAAGGAAGUUCAGCUCAGGAUGUUUCUUGCGUGGAAAAUUUUAUGUCCUCGGUGGCCGAGAUGAGAAUGAUAAACACCUCACUUGUGGAGAAAGUUAUGAUGAGACCACAAAGUCUUGGGAGUUGAUACCUGACAUGUUAAAAGACAUGACAUUCCUUACGCCUUCCCAAUCUCCGCCUCUUAUAGCUGUGGUUGAUGACAAUCUAUACAUGUUGGAGACAUCUUUGAACGAGCUUCGCGUAUAUGAUAUAAACACAAAUAUUUGGAAGAAACUUGGUGUUGUCCCUGUGAGCGCAAACACUACCUUUGGUUGGGGGACUGCGUUUAAAUCGAUGGGAGAUAGACUUCUGGUUGUUGGAACUUCUCACUCUUGGCAUAUGAAAGCAGUAGUCUACUCAUGCCGUCCUUCUCCAGACGUGGAAGAGCAGCAUUGGGAAGAAUUAAAAUAUUGGUGCAGUGGUGCUGAGCUCUCACAGUUUAUUCAUAACUGCUGUGUGAUGUUUGCUUAAAGUUGUUUCCGAGGCAAACUUGUUUCUUAUAUGUGCUUUCAAUAAUUUUGUGGCUAUUUGGACGCCCGAAACAAUUAAAAUUGUGGUUUUAUGUUGUUUUUGUUUUCUGAAUUAUAGUUUUACAUUUGGGAUACAAAUGUUGUUCUUUUUCGUUUAUUUUAAGUGCAUAUAUUUGUGCAAAAAAACAUGGAGAAAUUACAUGUUUACCACUUUCAUGGUACCACUUUUCAUUUUUACCACCACAAAGGAGACAUUUUCAAAAGUACAUUCUUCAUUAAGUGGCAAAAGACUCUUAUGCCCUUGUUAUUUAUAUAUAUAAUAAAUCAUUAUUUAAAUUAAAAAAAAAAAAUAAAAAAUA